GAAUAAACUACUGUCCCUGACUUCCUUUUCCGGUUUCUAUGUAAACAAUUUUUAUACAACUAGCAACCGAACUGUCACAACCUCCCUGGGCACAAUUGAAAACAACCGAUUUACUUGUAUUUUUUUGCGGGGAAAAAAUCUUCUGACAUUAUAAAGAAAUGAAGAAGUUUUUUGAGGACAUUAAGAAAGACGUCAAAUUCAAAUCGGCAGGACCUGGAAAGAAACUCACAGAAGACUCCAGUUCCAAACCACGAGCAGUGCAGAGCAGCGGCACCUCCAAGUCGCGACAAACCCCCACAGAUGGUGCUCAGAGGGCAGGGGCUGCAGCCUUGGCCAGGAUCGACCAGCAGCACCGCCCUAAAGCCCCGACCUCACAGGAUGCCAUAAGAAACCAAGUGAAGAGAGAGUUGGAGGCAGAGGCUGCUGCAGAGAAGUUGAAAGUUGUAGCACUUGAAGAAUCCAAAGUGGCAGUUAAGGAUCCAUCGUGUUUCUCAGUGUCGGGCGUUUAUUUCACCUGUCCACUGACUGGAGCCACUCUGGCCAAGAAUGAGAGAGAAGUGCACAUUAAAGAGGCCAUCUUCAUGAGGUUUGAGGAGGACCCAGUGGAGGCCUCCAUAAUGAUGCUGCAUACCUUCAACAAGGACAGAGAGAAAGUAAAGGUUGCAGUGGACGUCAUUAGCAAAUACAUUGAAAACAUAUGUAAGAAUCCCACAGAGGAGAAGUACAGAAAGAUCAAGCUUAGCAACAAGGUCUUCCAGGAGAAGGUGAGGAAUGUAGAUGGGAGUCUGGAGUACUUGCUGGCCUUGGGAUUUGAGAGUGUCAUGCUGCCUGUGGAAGGACAAGAGGAGAGUGAGGAGUUCCUGCUGCUUGGGGAGCAGAGCCCCGAGGCCCUGGAGGAGAUGAGGGACAGGAGGGAUCGCCUGCAGAGGGGAGAGCCGGUCCGAGCCCAGCUGGACCGCCAGACGCAGGCCUUCAGACCCUCCCCCAACGCCACCCGCUUCGAGCUGCCUCCGGAGUUCUACAACCUGACGGCCGAGGAGCUGAAGAAGGAGCAGCUGCAGAAGAGCGAAGUGGUGGAGAAGAACGCCAUGCUGCGCACAAAGGCCAUGCGGGAGCGAGAGGAGCAGAGGGAGAGGAGGAAGUACAACUACACCCUGCUGAGAGUCCGGCUGCCCGAUGGCAACCUUCUGCAAGGGACCUUCCUGGCUUGGGAGCGGGUGUCCGCGCUCUUCCAGUUUGUGCGGGAAGCCCUGGUGGACGGCUGGCCAUUCGAUCUCAUAGCGCCUGGAGGACUGAAGCUCCAGGAGGACGAGGAGGUGGCUCUUAACGAGUGCAGCUUGGUUCCCACCGCCCUGCUGACGUUCUCCUGGGACGCGGCCGUGCAGCAGGACAUCGCGGCUGCCGGGGGGGUGGGCCCUGCCAUCCUCAAGCCCCAGCUCCUGGAGAACAUUCGGACGCUCAGCUGAGCGGCAGGCAGGCCUCCACGGUCCCCCUGAGUCAUCACCCUCCAGCGCACACCCUGCUGAGCCCUUUUCUACUCCUCCUUUCCCCCCUCCCUCCCACUCUCUCUCCUCCCCCCCCCCCCCUCUUUCUUCCCUCUCCACCAUCCCUCCCUCUCUCUCCUCCCUCCCUCUCUCUCCUCCCUCCCUUUCUGUCCUCCCUCCCCCCCUCUCUCUUUCUCCUCCCGGAGGCUGUAGAAAUGAAUCCAUUCAAGGAUUCGCCGGCAGGUAUUCUCCUGAGGAAGGAGAAAGACAGAUGACGCCACCCAGUGUUUAUGUUGAGUUGUUUCCCCUGAAUGUGCGUACAGAGACCCGAAUCUGUGAAAGCGCUCCCUUGUCGUGACAGACCUGUGAUUAGGUAGUGUACCUGGAAGGGGGCGGAGGCCCACGUUGUAACCCUGUCUGUGUCUCCUGCCCUGCUUUCAUAUGCAUCCUGCUUUCACAACGUCUGACAGAUAACGGGUGUACUGUACUGGUUAUACACUUUGGAGUAAGUAGCCUAGUUGUGGAAGUCAGACCCGAGUCAAAUGGCAUUUUACUUCAAACACAGAUACAUUAAAAAUCCUAUUUGGAUCAUGUCUAUUGUAAAGCAGACUGUGUUUCAGUGGUAGGAACUGUCACAAUUUGAUAGGAACUAACGAGAUGUUCGAGACUGAAGAAACUCGACUGUCAGGCUUUAACUUGUAUUCAUGAGACUGCAGAUAGAAGGCCAUGUUGUGGUUCAAACUAUUUUGCUUCGGACUAAUCCUGUAAUCUUCUAUUUGAGAUCACAAGCACUUUUAAAGGUACCCUCGAUUCCCAAAUAUGAAUAUGGGGGAAAUGCAUGUUUGAUCUGCAUUUAGGCAGCCAUGUUAAACUGUUUAUCUGAUCAGAUGUCAGUUUGGGCUUGCUGCUAGAGCUUUGGACUGUAACCUGCCAACCCUGAUCACGUUCUAAUGUGUCGUUUGACUUAAGCAGCAUGGGAAGUCAACUGUUUGAUAGCUGGUGUUGUUCUGUGGUCCUGUCAGACUGUUGGUAUUUGUGUAAAAUGCAUUUGUGGUGAGACUGACCUGAGCAGCGUCCAGGACCUUCUCUACUGUCAUCAGGAACUGUAAACGUGAACGCAGCUUGAUCACAUGGU